CUUAUUUUUAUUAUUUUUACUUUUUUGUAUUUCCCAGCGCUGAGUAUCAAAACUGGAAUAUGCAAUGUCACUAUUACUACUCCUGGUCUGUUUGCGUGUGAAAAGGUUUCCUUUGAGAAGCCUUUCAAUGGCGGGCAGGAUGUGAAAGUUUUCGUUUCCAAAAGCCACGCAACAAACAGUUAUAGUGGUGGAGAUGGCGCGGCUAUUUGGGUGGAAUCUGUGGAUAAUAAAGAAUUUACAGUUUGUGUUUUAGAGUACGGAGAUGGUUCUAGUGGGACUACGAAAGUGAACUGGAUGGCGCUGCAAUCUGUUCCUGUUGGUGCUCAACUAGACACAGUCUCGUUGGAUUCUUGGACUACUGGAGAAAAGUGUAAAAGGAUCGCCUUUGAAAAGGUUACCUCUGUUUCCCCUUGCGUUUUCGUUAAGUUAAUAGUUCUUACUCAUUUACUAGGUAUUUCUGUUUGCUCAAACCUAGACACAAGAUUUCACUACGUCAUUUUUUAAGCUUUGCUUGACUAAGUGGCUUUAACUUCCUCUUUCUUUAUUUAGCUGGUAGGAGCUGCAGACUUUCCAUUUGUAGUCCUCCUUAUAUCUUUAAGUCAUGCGAUAUAACAUUGUUGCAUCAUAAAAUACGAUUAUUUAUUUGUUUACCAAGAUCUGACAUAUAUUGCUACCUCUAUUUUCUUCCAUCAAAGUUAUCUUGCAAUCUGUCCUCCACUUUUCUUGAUCAUUUCAAUUUUUUUAUUUACAUUAACACAUCUUUAAAGAGGUUUAACAAUCUUCAUAUUUUUGCUAAUUUUUGCCCUAAAAAAUUUAGUGAGAAAUCCUAUAUUUCGAUUCCUUUUGUGACUACGUUGCCAAUUUCAUGAUUAUCAUUUUAUUUGCUGAUUUGCAAAUUCUGUGUUUAUUUCGUAAAACUGUUCUUAGUUUUUCAUCUGCACUAGGAAAUUCCAUCCAAUUUGCUUCUUUCAAGUUCAAAAUGAUUUUUUCUAUCACACUUCCAUCGUUUUAUAUCAUACCCUUGUUUGUUUGAAAGAUAAAUGUAAUUGAUUAUUUAUUUCCUUCUCUUUUACUUUUUCAGCGUUUCUCAAUUCCUCCGAGCAUCUACGUAACAGCUCGUCACCAAAUUCUCAAGAGACCUCAGGACGCCUUGGCAUUGUGGGUAGAGGAUGUACGCAGAGACAGUUUUAAGGUUUGCCUCAGGGAAACUAAGAUUUUUGAUGGUCUGCAUAAAAACAUCAAGGUGGUAGGUGAAUUCCUUUUGUUACCUGUUACAUGUUUGAAAGUAGACUCACGCGACAACCAAGCGGUUCCUCCCUUGCUGCAACUUACAGGGGCUGUGCCCUAGCAGAACCCAGUUGCCUCUGAGCUCUACCUUUGCUCUUUGCCUACUAGGAAAUCGUAGCUUUUUUCAUCCUAUCCUAGAUCCUAUGUUGGGUACCCUAUGUUGGGUACCCUGUGAUUUACACAGGUUCAGAGCAAUGGGCUCCCAGUCUCUUAGAAACAACCUUGACUUGAGAAAGAAUAUAUUGAUAACAUUGUUAACACUUUUUCACUUGUCCUUCAGGACUGGAUAGCAUUUGUUAAGCUGAUGACGCUGAAUUCUACCUUGAUCCAUGGCCUUGUAACAACAAAGAAUAACUCACCACUAAACAAGCAACAAAGCAAGGCCCUCUGUCAGGUAAAGUAACUAAUAAACUAUACUGUUUUGGUUUCUCAGUCACUUAUAUUCAUAAACAGAAAAUAUCGUCAACUAUUUAAACAACAUAUUAUCGUCAACUAUUUAGACAACAUAUAUCAUAUACCGCAUAUGUGUAGAAAAACUUAAUAACGCUGAUUCUUUUCUUGUUUUUUUUAUAGAUAAUAAAGUUCACUGAUGCUUUCUAUGCCCCUCCGAUAGUAAUGGUUUCACCAAGACUCAGUUACCAUAACAACAACUCCCGUUUCUCGGCUUCUGGAACUUGUAACGCAGUUACUGUGUGGAUUCAGGUAACAUAUGAAACUUGGAGCCAUUUUUCUUAGCCCAUCGCGUCCUUAGGCUGCCUUCUUAUCUCUUCCCUUCGAACUUACUUUUAGCAUUGUCUCUGUUUCAAUUUUUCACGUCGUUUAAGGAGUCCAAAAAAGUUUUUUUUUCACAAUUUUUCCAACCAACCUGUGUACGCCACGGUUUCGCUUUCUAAACGACCUUUGGUAGUGACAUAGCAGUUAAGGUAAGAAAAUACCUGAUGAUGCUUAAUGACUGAUAAUCUGAUACUUCUAAUGAUUGUGUCUAGCAUACCUUUACAAACGAAACCGAGGUGUGUAUGAGAAGAUACAGCAAUAACGCCAAUUAUAAGGACAUCGUACAACUGGAUUACCUGGUGAUUGGAGGUACGUAAAAAAUAUAUCAAAACCUUGGUAAAGGCUGUAUGCUACAGUGUAUCAAGUACAUUUUAUGACAUGAAUCUUUUGAAUUUGUUUCAUGGAGAGCUUUUUUUCUCUAAUUGAUGCUAUUUUUUUGUUAUCUCUUUUUUUGAGGAUUGUAGAUUUGGUUGACUGAGCUGAAAAACGGGAUCAUGUGCAUUGUUAUCCUUUUCUUAGAGUCGCCAGUGUUGUUGCAUCCACCUGCAAUGCAUCUUAUUGGCAUCUUAAAGCAGUUUCAGCUUGUAAAUUGGACGAAAGUUUUGUAGAAUCUAUACUUUUUUUCUUGUAUCUAAAGUCACGUGUUCCUUAAUUUACGUUACAGUUUCUUAAUAUACGUUAGAGCCCCUUUGUUUCCGGGAGGCAUCCGAGUGAAGACUUGCACGAAUGGUGUGCCAAAGUGGCGGUAAAUUUGAACGUGUCAAAAAAUUCUCUUUAAUAACAUUGUGUUCAAAGCAUUUUUUUUUUCUCCACGUUCUCAUAGUAAUGUGCAUUUUCAAUUCUAAAAAAAUAACUUUUUAAGUUAUGGGCGCUUUAAAUCCAUCUGUUGUCAUUUGCUUAAUUAUCUUCAGACUUGGAUCCCUGCAUAGACGUUACGUGUUAUUAUCACAGCUUCUGUAAGGCGUUUGGACCCCAUGAUGCACGCUGUGUAUGUGUGGAUAGCUGCCCAUCUUACAAAGAUCCCGUUUGCUCAUCAAAUGGCACAACGUACGACAACAGAUGUUUGUUUGAAAGAGAAGUUUGUCUACAUCGACUAAACUUAACCGUUCAACAUCCUGGCAGCUGUGAAGGUUAGUACAAUUGUUUUUGAAUCUGUUAAAAAGUGAUUUUUCUUUUUAUUAGAUUUCAGUAUUAAUCCCUUAGUGAAUUUUUCGAAUGAGCUAUUUACUUACCCAUGUAAUCUGGAGGGAAAAACGGCGAUAGAUGCAUGACUUUAUGGAAGUACAGAAUUUUAUGUAAUUUUGCUAAAACGUUUGUCAUGCACAGGAGCAAUGCUAGUAAGAAUACUGGUCAGAAAAAGAGGCGGAUACACUUAUAUUUAAGCAUUUUCAGUUAAUACUCAACGAAAUUAUUUGUUUUUUUUAUAUAUGUAUCACUGAAAGAAAUCUAAAACUGAUUCUUCUCUCUGAGAGGAGUAGUAGUAGUAGUAGUAGUAGUAGUAGUAGUAGUAGUAGUAGUAGUAGUAGUAGUAGUAGUAGUAGUAGUAGUAGUAGUAGUAGUGGUAGUGGUAGUGGUAGUGGUAGUGGUAGUGGUAGUGGUAGUGGUAGUGGUAGUGGUAGUGGUAGUGGUAGUGGUAGUGGUAGUGGUAGUGGUAGUGGUAGUGGUAGUGGUAGUGGCAGUGGCAGUGGUAGUGGCAGUGGCAGUGGUAGUGGUAGUGGUAGUGGUAGUGGUAGUGGUAGUGGUAGUGGUAGUGGUAGUGGUAGUGGUAGUGGUAGUGUAGUAGUAGUAGUAGUAGUAGUAGUCCUAGAGUUAUAUAUUUUUUAAGCAUAACUGGAACUGAAUCUUUUCUUUGCGAGAAGUAGUAGUUACAGUGAAUGUUCACUUUCCUUUCCUUUAGCGCUUAUAGGCUUCACCAUUUGCCACCGUGUAGCUCUGCUCAGGAUGCAAGUUCUAAUCUCUCCACUGCUUGCCAUGCUAUUUACCUAAUGCAGCGACAAGCGAUACAUUGUCCGGUGUGAAGUUUCCUGGACUUCUAUAGUAGAGAGUAACAACCCUCUUUAUUAGAACCACUCAUUUGCUGCUCUGUUAACAUUUUUAAGUUCUGGAUAAAUGCCCUUUGCUCCGCAUGCUUGUCAUACUAAUCUAUAGUUCAUCUUGAGAUGUGUUUUCUAGGAUUUCCUUUUCAGCGUGGUCGUCGCCACAUGCCACAUAUUCCAUCCUUGGGCUACUCUCACUGUCAUGCCAUUCAUUUCAAACCGUUUGUGUUUUACCCUGACAAACCCAUUCAAGUGCAGAUAACUGUCAAUCAUAUGGAUACCAGUGACAAAUCGUAUGUCCAUGACGCGGCAGUAUCGUGGGUUGAAAAUGUGAAUAACGACGGAUUCACUGCUUGUGUGAUGGCGGCAGGAUAUAACGAACGAAAGUGGUAUGCUAACGUGACAGUUGAUUGGAUGGCGUACCAAGGUGCUCCAGUGGGUGGCGUGACUGGUAAAGUGCGCAUGUCACAGUGGUGGACUGGUACGACUUGUGCGACUGUCAGGUUUCCUACAGUGAGUGGCCUUUGUUGGGCUUUCUUGUCCUUUCCAUUCUUUUCAAGAUCAUAUCCUUUGAAACGCCUCACUUCUACUGAGUUCACUCAGUUAAUAACAGAUCGUUUUCAAUAUGCAUCAGCAGUGAUUUGUCGUUCUGGUGCAGCCGUACACUUAUUACCAAUUAAUAGUCGAACAAUGUCACUGUAGUACAAAUUAUUCUUUUACCAAUUUCCAGCAUAUCAAAUGUCAUGGGUUCCUUUUUGCAAAAAUACGAAAUUAAUUCCUGUUCGUAGCUUUCUAAGAGUUGAGAGUUGCCUAACUCGCAUUUAUUUUUCAGGGAAAAUUCUCUGUGAUACCGUCGGUAUUUGUGACUGCCAAGCAUUACAAUCCAGGAUUAAAACGUGACGCAGCAAGCAUAUGGAUUGAAGAUGUCACACAAUCAUCCUGCAAAGUUUGCUUGAGAGAAUUGCAAAACUACGCUGGAUCACACCAAGACGUUGUUGUUGUAAGUAACGCUAAUCUCAUGCAGUCGAACGAACAGCGUUUUUCUUUGGAAACUAAGUGCAGCAGACUGGUAUCUUUCUCCAUCUCAUCUUUUCGCUUUUUUACGCUUCCAGCAGUUGGUCCAGCAGAGAUGCACGAUUUUUUGCUUGAAAAUAUAUUUCCCUCCAUCUGUUUCCUCUUCAUCCGGCUUUGUCAACCUGACCAUGUUAUUGCUUUCUUGUAACCUAAGAUGUCGGUGGCUGUUUUAUAUAAACGUUGUUGAGAGAUUACCAUUUAUAUUUUAUUUUCGACGUUGACACAAUCUUUUGGUAGUUAGGACGUGAGACUGAAAAAGAAUUCUUUCUUUCUAUUCUUAUUUAUUUAUUUACUUUAUUUCAGAAUUGGUUAGCGUUUUCAUAUCUUGACGAGCCUCCCUUCUCAGAACACAAUUCGAUUUACUUUUCGAAUGAUAAACCUCCCGCUCAGAGUCAUUAUAAUGCCUUCUGCAAGGUCAGUAUUCCAGUCCUUUCAUUAGUCUUAUUGGUUUCAAUUCCCGUCACAGUGCACUUAAUUUUACUGAAUAAAUUUACUAUCAGAGAGCAAAAGAAAACGGUUGCCCUAUCCUGUCUCUAGUGAUGGUAGUUGCAUUUAAUCAGUUUAGCAGGCUGCCUGUCAUACUUCAGUGAAUAUUUAAAUGAAAAUGAAAUAUAGAUUAUAAAUGCCCUAAUGCGGAACAAGUCUUUACCUUUAUAUAAAUGUCAGAGACUGAAUUUUUACAAUUAGGUAAUUUCUUUUGACAGGGGGCUACUUUUACUAAAGUUUAUAACUCAACUCCACAUGUGUUUGUUUCUGCCAAUCAUUCCACCAAAAAUGGAAGUCAGAGUCCAAUUCAUAACAGCAUAGCUGAGUGGGUAGAGGUAUGUUUUUAGUUAUUUAUUUAAUUAUUUUCUUUUCAUUUAUUUUAUGAAUUUGUGUAACAUACCACUUGCAACCACACUUACAUGUGUUGUGUGCAUGUUUAAAAACCUUGCGAAAAUACGAAUGACUGCAAUUAACACUCUCUAUUUUACAAUACAGAUAGCGUUCUAUUGAGAAUAACAGCUUAUAGAACACAAAACGUGCAAAAAAACAGCUCAAAAGUUAAAUUUUAUCCGUUUAACUAACGAUCAGGAAUAACCCUUGGCUAGUAAAAUGGCCAUGAAUUAUGGAAAGUCGUUAAAACUGUGUUUAAAAAAAGCUGUGUAGCUGUAUGGCAGAAGGUAAGCAAAUGUUGUCAAACAAACAGCAAUGAGAAAACUAAAAUUGAUGUUACGCAAGAGAGAAUGAGCUAAGAGAGCGAAUCCCUGUACCCCAUGAUGAUUAUUUGAAAUCUAUUGAAAGUUCGCACGCGUGCGAUGAAGGUUAUUUUUAUAUGCUGUUUCCGUGACCCGCGCGGUCUACUUUCCCGUGAACGCGACAUAUUUCGCCUCCAAACAUUUGACAGCAGUUGACCAAUUAUCGCAUGAGAGGUUUAAGUUGUUGACAUGUAAUAACGCGCACUCAAUUGUCCUCUUUCCUCUUCCCUUUGAAGCCCUGUCAUGCAAACUUGUUGAACAGGGUUGAUCACUUCGUAACAUGCGUCAAACUGAGAAAUAUGGAAAGUCUUCUGGUCAAGACCUACCUGAACUGUUCUAUAGUUUUUUUUCUACUAGCAAGGGAGAAAAUACGCCGUCAGCCGUCUGUGUGAACUACUUAAUGAGCUGAUAAACAUCCCUUUCUUGCAGUACAUCAACAAGACAUGCUUUCGUGCUUGUGUCAAAGAAUUAUAUGAAGCAAAAUAUGACCCAUUGUCAGUAACGUACACAGUUUUGUCAGGUACUACUGCUACAAAACUAAUCAUAAACUUCAGUACUUACCAACUCUCUGAAUAACAAAAAAAGCAAUACAAGCAAUACACAAAAGGAAUGCACAAAAACUGGAGGAAAUAAAAAAAAUGCAUUCGGGUGAUGAUAUAAAACAACGUUCAUCCCCUUUUCCAAAUACAUAUUAAUGUGUAUAAUGGAGUGCUUUAUAAUACUUGCAGUUGUUUUUGUCUUAUGUAUUGCCUUUAUUUUGUCCUGAACACAAAGCUUCUGCUUUUCCAUUUCCUUUUUUAAUCACAAAAACCGGAAAUAACAAAUAUGUUCGAAGUACAUAACUGCACCUCAAGCUAUACUUUUUAAGCAAUGUCAUUUUGCAGUUCAUUAAUUCCUACUUUGUAUACGCACAGACAUCUGUCCAUCUGGAUGGGAUUAUUUCAAUGGAUACUGCUAUUUAACAAGCUCUGUAUGCGCACCUUGGGUGACUGCUGUGUCCAACUGUUCAACUAUGAACUCACAUCUGGUAACAGUGCACAACCAAGAAGAAAAUGUCUACAUUCAGCACCGUCAUAAUGGAGAGCGAUCAUGGAUUGGACUUAAUGACCGAAGCGUUGAGGGAUCAUUUGUCUGGAAAAACAAGGAAAUAACCAGUUUUCGGUUCUGGGCUCCGCAACAACCAAACGACUGGAAAAACGAAGACUGUGUUCACACUCUGGGUGCCAAUGAUGGCUACACUUGGAACGAUGUGUCCUGCGAUAAAUGCUAUAACUUUACUUGUGUUCAAGGUAAAAGCGGUCAUCAGGUCCGUUUUACAACUUACAUUAAAUGAUCUGUUAGUUCUCACCUGAGGUAAUCUUAUCUUCUGCAAAGGGUUGUGGUUCACUUCAAUAUUUCAUGCUAGAAAUGUAGCCAAAACGACAGAAAAACCACCCAAUGUUAGCGCGCAUGAAUGUAGUAUCAUCUUUCAGUCAUAGUUGGUAGAGAAGACUGGUUAUGAAAGCUGGCAAACGGAAUCAAAGCUUAAGAUUUUAACAUAGGUGCUUCAGUUUAUGUUGGUAGCUAUCUUCUUUUUUUCUCACAAAAUGCGAAUGAAUAAAGUUAGGCAAUGUUUUUAUCGCCUGUGUACAGACCCCCCUUGCCCUUUUAGAGGGGAGGGGGCGUCCGUACACAGGCUACGAUUUUAUAGGUGAAAAGGAUCAAAAUGAUAGGAAUGCUAUUGAACUUUUCACAACAUCGGAUGAGUCCAAAAAAGGUAACCAAAAAAAACAUAUAUACUGGUAUAAUAAAGACGUUUGUAGGGCUUCGAAGGCACUCCACUUUUAUUAACUAUUUUUCAGUUUAUGUUUCAAACCUGACCGACUAUGUCAAGGUAAAAAUGGGCUCGCGACCGAGCUUAUUAGACAGUUGUGAAGGUGUCAUAACGUGAGGUGGAAGCAUUGUGUCCAGUGUUUGGUAAAAUUCAAAGAAAUUUCGCUUUUUCUUUUCAAGAGUUUUAUGAUGAAUUCAAGUUGAGAAUAUCAUUUCAGAAAAUAAGCACUUAGCAAGGUUAUCAACUAUAGAACAUGUGAGUGAAUGAAACACCGUGAUUUCUUUUAGAAAUUGACGAAUGCACAACUAACUAUCACAGAUGUAAUGUGAAUGCUGCUUGCCAGAAUACUGCGGGCUCAUACAAAUGUACUUGCAAAGCUGGAUACUCUGGAAAUGGCCGCAAAUGUGUUGGUAAGUACUGAAGUUUGCUUUAAAUGUCUUCCAUAUUUUGCCCUUUUGUUCGCAAACUGAUCAACUUAGUUGUCCUCUGUUCUGAUUUUAUUUAUAGACUAAAUAAAUAUGCUUUAUAGUGUAUACACAGAACUGUUAUGAUUUUUUGUGGUCAAAACUUUCUAAUUAGCCCUUAGUGGGUAUUUAAUCGGAAUUUUAAGCAGUAAAAGAAUAUUUGCACUAAUGUGUGGAACAACCUUUUACACGAAUUUUCUUUCCUUCAAUCGAAACAAUUACGAACUUCCGUUUGGGGACAUAUUUGUUUUGACUUUAAGAACUUCACUGGUAAUAACGUAAAAGUUUGAGUUGAUUUCAAAAAGACUCGAAAAUGAAAAUUUCACUUUUAGGCCUCAAGGUCGCCCCAAUUCAGACUGAAGGCAAUAAAAAGCCCCCAGAGGUCUGACAUGUCUUAAUAAAGGACAGUCGGGAGGAAAUGUCAAGGAAGGUAUUACCUUGUUGUUUUCGGCGCAUGAAAUCAGUGUUUUAUAAUUUUGUCUUUGUUUUCAGAAAUCGACGAGUGUAAGAGCAAAACCCAUAACUGUAACAAAAAUGCGUUAUGUAAGAACACUGAGGGGUCUUUUACUUGCACCUGCAAUCGCGGUUACAAGGGAGAUGGAAAGAAGUGUAGAGGUAUCUAUCUAGCGCUCUUUAAAGGUGGCUUUCCAGCGUCGCGUAAUUUUUACGUGCGUAGGCUCUUUAGUUUUAAGUACGUAUAUAAAAUAACGGCUAUGUAUCAAAGGUUGUGCGUAAACGUAAAACUUGAACCUCGCUCAACUUUUACGCGCGGCCUUUCAUACAUUGCCUCCAGGGCCCUGACUACCUCUAUUAUAUUUCCACGCGUACAUUUUACUUACGUACGCACAUGAAUAUCACGCGGCAGUGGAAAUCCACCCUAAGUUCUUGAUCACCUAACGAUAUAGUUUAUACAUCCAGCACGUGCGUUCAUUCCAUUGCUUGUAUUUAUUCUCCUUGGCACCGGUUGUUCAAACGCUGGAUAGCGCUUUGCAUCAGAUAAAUCACUACACAGUGGAUAAGUAUUAGUAAAACUGACUGCGCUAUCUACUGGAUGGUGAUUUAUCUAGCGGCUAGCCUUAUUCAGCUUUUGAACAAAUUGUCUAGGUAAUUUUAUAACACUACCAUAGCCACACAAUCCGUCGCGUUCAUCUGUAACGUAGAUUUAAAAGAAUAGAAUGUAAAGGAAGAAUUAUCAGUUUACUUGCCUUCUAAAGGUAAAAUAAAUGCAGUUUAUGAUUUUCAUUUAGAUAUCGACGAGUGUACAAGCAAAAUCCAUAAAUGUGACAGAAAUGCGUUAUGUAAGAACACUGAAGGGUCUUUCACCUGCACCUGUAAACCCAAUUACAAGGGAGAUGGCAAGAAGUGUAAAGGUAAAUAUCUCAGUACAACACGCAAUUAUCGCAUUCUCUGCUUUUAAUUUAUUAGACUGAGGCAAACACAUUUGUCGUGGAUUCUUAGCUGUGAACUGGAAUUAGCCUACAGUACGUACAGGCUUAAGCCGGGAAAUCUGUUCACAUGCAUUAUUAUUUUUAAUGAUUUUCCUCCCUAGUAGCCUCAACUCUAAAUUACUUCUACUUCCAGCAACAGGAAUCACUGCUCAUCUGAAUGAAUAAAGCAAGAUCCGGGAAGCCGUUUACCUGUAUAUUAUUAGUCAGAUUUUGAGUCUCUUUUCACAGUUGAUCUGUAAUGUUGAUAUCUAUUUUGUUGUAGCGACACGCGGGCUGUUUUCCUACGAUCCCGCUCAAUCCUGCAAAGAAAUCAAGGACUUAGGUAUCUCCAAUGGCGACGGGGAGUACUGGAUUGACCCUGGAAGGACUAAUAGUCCUUUUAAGGCAUAUUGUGACAUGACAACUGACGGAGGUAUGGUUUGAGUUGAAGCUAGGGGAAACCCAUUUUUCUAAAGUAAGUUCAGGAAAUUCUAAAUACCUACCUUGAUCUAAUACCUAAAAACAUGGCCAAAACAGCAAAACUACAUCUCAUACUUGAAGAAUAUCUUCAAGACAAAGCAUCCUUGGAUCCUGAAUUUGCCGAGGAACAGGAACGUGAAAUCCAUCAGUUUAUCAAUUUUUCUUAUAACUGUUAAGUGUUACCAUGGAGAAGUUGUUUGAAUGAAUAAUAAUAUGCAUUUUUUGCGCCAAGCCUCGUUUUAGUAUCAAUUUCACACUAGCAAGCGCCUAGCGAGUCACGAAUUUCUUAGUCUCAGGUUCCUAGUUCUGUACAGUACCGCAAACGAUCCUCAAAGUAGACCGUAAAUGAUCCCCAUUGUCGACCACAAGCGGAUCCCGUGAAAAGUAGAGGACUGGAAUACUGUUUUAGGCAUGGAUGGUGAAUGUGCUGAGAGUUUGCACAUCGCGUAGAACAAUGAAUAAAUAAAACAGUUUCUUUUUGUACUUUUUUCUCCUUUCGUUAUUCAAGCAUUUGAUGUUUCGUUGCUGUGAAGAUUUAGGACAGGAAGGACGUUAAGAAGGAAAUUUUUCUUUCAUUUUAACGCCUAGGAAUAGGGAAAUAUGACCCCGGAAUAUGAUCCCUGUAUUUAUCACACUGUAGAGGUUUUUGGUUUAUUUCGAAAUACGCUUAGCAACUACAACUAGUGAAAAUGAUGCGUCUAGUGGUAAGGACCCUGUCGGCGCAAACCUGUAUAUUCAUUUUCCGUGUCUUUACUGCUGGAGACACAGACAGUUACAAAGAUACAACAUUAGGGAAAGAGAAACGAAGGAACGAUUAAGUGGAACAUUUUGUACCCAUGAGCAAAGAAUUAUCUUAAUGGGGUUCAGUGUACUAGAGCGAGCUUUUUAUCUGGGGUCGUUUUCAAAGAUUUUCACGGUUACAAAAGUUAUCAUUUUCUAAAGUUCAUACGAAGUAUCCGACAGAUCGGAUUUGAGCAAUUUUUUCUUAUUGCAUCUAAUUUUUCUAUAGUAUGUGAGGUUUAGUUCAGUUAAGCUUUAAUGUUAACCAGCAAUUAAGCAGAGCUAUUGUUUUACUGGUUGCAUUUAAGUUCUUUUUUUGUUUGCAUUUAUUUGUGUAAUGUUCAAGGUUUCUUUUUUUUCAGUCUUGGCCUUUAUUUGUUAAAUUAAUUCAGUUGAAUUAAUUCGUUUUGUUGCGAUAAUAAACGUGACACGAUGAACCAGUAACUUAGAAGUCCAGGCCAUUCUCGGAUUUUCCUCUCGGGAUCAUUUGCGGUCGACAAUGGGGAUCAUUUGCGGUCCAUUUUGGGGGAUCAUUUUCGGUCUGAGGACCACUUACGGUCACGCGGGAUCAGUUGCGGUACUGUACAGUUCGCCUGAGUAAUAUUGUAAAACAUUGAUAAAGUUCACAGCGGGUAGCCUCCCAGGUUUUUAGGGGUUCGUCACGCGUUCCUGCCCAUGGGAGGCUACAUCUGGGUUUCCGCCGUGUGAAUUAUUUUGAACUGAACAUUACUGCUUGUUUUGGCCCACAUGACUUGAUAAACCAAAUGCAAUGAUAAACAUUUAUCGAAUUUCAGGGGGAUGGCUUCUUGUAUCCAACGUUGUUUCGCACGGUUCAUCUCCCACUCAGUUGCCAGUUAAGACAUCGUACCGCGGAGUAAGCAGCAAAGAGAUGGUACUUACAAAAAGCGCCAUGAAGGAGCUGAGGAAGCACUUGUAUUUCACUCGGAUAAGAUUCCGCUGCAAAAAAAGAGGAGGUCGUACAUUUCACAUCACCACGGCUGCUAACAGCAAAGGUGAGGCUGCUGUGAAAUACUUCAGUGGUGAGACAGAUGUGAUGCCUGCCUCUUGCGGCUCGUUUGUGAUCAUGAGCAAUGAUAACUCGCGGUUAGCAAGAACCUGCAAGGAUUGGGGAUACCAAAGAGGUUCUUACAAAGUUGGCAAAUGGGGGCAUGAAAGAGAUCAGGAUCGAUUAUACAACCACGCUGCUUUUGUAAUGGUAGCUUACCACUGGCUUCUUACACCAUCUAGCAGGUGGGAAUGCGACGAUUAUAAUGUGGGAGUGUCCCCUGGCGAUUUUUGGAAAGUCUUUGUGCGAUAG